GGCUGCGUGUGACCGCAUGGAAAGCGUGUUUUAUAAAAUAUACUGCCGUGCAACUUCAACAUGGUCUUGAAUUUCAGGAUGAAGACGGGGAGCUAUCAGGAAGCUGUUUGCAAGAGGAAAUACUUCCAAUUUUCUUCCUUCCCAUCGCAAAAUCCCUCCAUGCAAGGCCUCCAGACAAAUGAGUAGAGUUGGGUACAGAAGAGGGACGGUUUCCAGUUGAUCACCUCAUUCAGCGAAGAACCCUUGAGAUCAGCCAGAGGAGGAGGAAGAAAAGUAGUGCAGGGGCUGCUGUGUGAUGCAGGACAGGCCCGAGCUGAGACGCGGCGCAGGAGUGCUGGUGAAAAAUAGACUUGGCAAUAGGAACUGUCUAUUCAAGACGGGACGGAUAAAGCAAAGGAGCCACUAACACACUUCCUGACAGCCUUUGGCGUUCAUCAGGAGAGAGCCUGCGUGACCCAGGAAUGGCAGAGCAUCAGCAGCGCAGCGGUGAUGCGGGAGACUGAUGUUUGCACGAGUCUCUCCUGGCUCGUUUUCCACCAUGGCUGUUGCCUCUGCAUAUUCAUCGGAUGGUAAUGCGGGAUGUCGAGAGCAGCGGUAGAGUUUGGCUUGAUCCCAUUGUGUUUCUCCUGUGUCGGUUGAGACUUUAUAUCACCAUGACAACGCUGUGACACUUCUUGCAACAGCUACCCGCAGAUCAAGGCUGGGCUGGGGGUGGUGAGAAGUUCCAUGAUUGAUUCGAACUGGAUCAAAAGUUGCAGUGGCAACACAAAGACUGUCGCAAAGCCGUCGUAAGGACAGGAAGAUGAAAUUUCCAUUCUAUUGGCUGCUCGAUAAGCAGGCACAAUAACAUUUCUUUCUAGAGACUCGCUAUAAGAACUCUUUUGGUUAUGGCUACUGAUCCAACGUGAUUGGGUGCGCACCGACUCUUGAACUCAUGACUGGAUAUACGAUGUUGCGGAAUGGGGGAGUGGGGAAUGGAGGCCAGCCGUGGGUGCUGAGAUGGUCCAGUCGGAUCCGGCUCACCUGGCUUAGUUUCACCCUCUUUAUUAUCCUUGUCUUCUUUCCCCUCAUUGCCCACUACUACCUAACCACCAUCGAUGAUGCAGAUGACGCUGGCAAGCGCAUCUUUGGUCCUCGAACUGGCAACGAGCUGUGCGAGGUGAAGCAUGUGCAAGACCUGUGCCGCAUCCGUGAGUCGGUCAGCGAGGAGCUGCUCCAGCUGGAGGCCAAGCGGCAGGAGCUCAACAGUGAGAUUGCCAAGCUGAACUUGAAGAUCGAGGCGUGCAAAAAGAGCAUUGAAAAUGCCAAGCAGGACCUGCUGCAGCUGAAGAACGUCAUCAGCCAGACGGAGCAUUCCUACAAAGAACUGAUGGCCCAGAACCAGCCAAAGCUCUCCUUGCCAAUCCGGCUCCUGCCAGAGAAAGACGAUGCAACCUUCCCUUUGCCAAAAUCCAACCGGAACUGCAGGCUACACAAUUGCUUUGACUACUCACGAUGCCCGUUGACGUCUGGCUUUCCAGUCUAUGUCUACAACAGUGAUGAUUACCCUUUUGGUAGUUCCUUAGACCCUUUAAUUAAACAAGCCUUUGAGGCGACUGUCAGAACUAAUGUUUAUGUUACUGAAAAUGCAAAUAUUGCUUGCGUGUAUGUAAUUUUAGUGGGGGAAAUGCAGGAGCCCAUAAUGCCAAAACCUACUGAACUAGAGCAACAGUUGCACUCUUUGCCAUAUUGGAGGACUGAUGGACAUAACCAUCUCAUCAUCAAUUUAUCGAGGAAAUCGGAAACUCAGAAUUUUAUUUACAACAUCAGCACAGGGCGUGCCAUGAUUGCCCAGUCCACCUUUUACGAUGUGCAGUAUCGACCAGGAUUUGAUAUUGUGGUAUCACCUCUGGUCCAUGCAAUGUCAGAACCCAACUUCCUAGAAAUCCCACCCCAGGUGCCAGUCAAGCGUAAAUAUCUAUUCAGUUUCCAGGGGGAGAAGAUAGAGUCUCUCAGAUCUAGCUUGCAAGAGGUUCGCUCUUUUGAAGAGGAAAUAGAAGGCAAUGCCCCAGCUGACUAUGACGAUCGGAUCAUUACCACCUUGAAGGCUGUUCAGGACAGCAAGUUGGACUUUGUUUUGGUGGAGUUCACGUGUAAGAACCAGCCUAAGGCAAGUCUGCCCACUGAGUGGGCUCUGUGUGGAGAAAGGGAUGACAGACUAGAGCUACUGAAGCUAUCUACUUUUGCACUGAUAAUCACCCCAGGGGACACCCAUCUAGUGAUCUCCGCUGGGUGUGCCAUGAGACUGUUUGAGGCUCUGGAAGUUGGAGCCAUCCCAGUGGUUCUUGGAGAGCAAGUUCAGCUACCCUACAAUGAUGUGAUCCGGUGGAACGAGGCAGCCUUAAUCAUACCAAAGCCACGUAUCACAGAAGUGCACUUUCUUCUGAGAAGCAUUUCUGACAACGAUCUCCUUGCCAUGAGGAGGCAAGGCCGCUUCUUAUGGGAGACCUACUUCUCCACCUCCGACAAUGUGUUCAGCACACUCUUAGCUAUCAUAAGGACUCGAAUCCAAAUCCCAGCUGCUCCUAUCCGAGAAGAAGCUGCUGUGGAGAUUCCACACCGAUCUGGCAAAGCUGCUGGUACGGACCCCAAUAUGGCAGACAAUGGUGACCUGGACUUGGGGCCUGUGGAAACAGAACCACCCUAUGCAUCUCCCAAAUAUCUCCGCAACUUCACCCUCACUGCAAUGGACAUCUACAGGAAUUGGAAUUCAGCUCCGGGACCUUUCCACCUCUUCCCCUAUACUCCCUUCGAUCCCGUUUUACCAUCAGAAGCAAAAUUUUUGGGGUCCGGGACUGGAUUUCGACCAAUUGGUGGAGGAGCAGGUGGUUCUGGGAAGGAGUUCCAGGCUGCUUUGGGUGGAAAUGUCCCACGGGAGCAGUUCACAGUAGUGAUGUUAACUUACGAGCGGGAGGAAGUGCUGAUGAACUCCCUGGAGAGGCUCAACGGUCUCCCCUACUUAAAUAAAGUGGUGGUAGUGUGGAACUCUCCCAAGCUUCCCUCUGAGGAUCUCUUAUGGCCAGACAUUGGUGUCCCAAUCAUGGUUGUCCGCACGGAGAAGAACAGCCUGAACAACCGGUUCCUGCCGUGGGACGAGAUCGAGACGGAGGCCAUCCUGUCCAUCGAUGACGACGCUCACCUCCGCCACGACGAGAUCAUGUUCGGCUUUCGGGUCUGGCGAGAGGCACGGGACCGCAUCGUGGGCUUCCCGGGGCGCUACCACGCGUGGGACAUCCCCCAUCAGGCCUGGCUCUACAACUCCAACUACUCGUGCGAGCUCUCGAUGGUGCUCACUGGCGCUGCCUUCUUCCACAAGUACUACGCCUACCUGUACUCUUACGUGAUGCCACAAGCCAUCCGUGACAUGGUGGAUGAGUACAUCAACUGUGAGGACAUUGCCAUGAACUUCCUCGUCUCUCACCUCACGAGAAAGCCUCCCAUAAAGGUAAGACACCAGGCAGGAGUUUGUACCAGACUCUGCCUUGCCAAGGACACAGUGAUAUGCUGAUGAUACAACACGGCAAGUGGAAUGAACUGGGGUUCAACUUACACCAGCUCAGGCUAGAGGGUUUCCUGAGCCAGGGGCGGCCCUUAGAGCCAUUAAUUCCUAAGAGACAAACUUUGUUCUUGCACAAGCACAAGUAGAAAUGAUUCUCUUGCUGUUUUUUUUCUGGACUUCCAGAGGCAUUUAGGCUUAUCCGAAUAUGUAAGGCUGUUGACACAAGCACUAGCACCCAGCUGAAAUUUCCCCGCCCUAUGAUAACAAAUGAGUGAAGAGUUUUGAGCGUGAAUUUAGGAUGCUUAUUGGUCUUCUCUUUAUCACUGCUGGCAAGCCUGCUCUUUACCGCCCCGCAUACGUCUCAGCAUCACUGGCCAGCUGCCUUGGAGAUGGGUCAGUGUGAUAUGUGGGUGUUUCUGCGUGUUGUUCUUCCCAUCUGGAGCUGAACCGGAGGUUGUAGCGUUUGGGGCUGCAUCUGGGAAGGGAUGGCUGGUGGGAGAAUCCAGCCAAAACAAAAGGGCACUGCAAUGGGGUAUCCAAAUCAAGACCAAAAAGCAGGGCCUUUAAGCAAAGGGCAUCUUCUCAGCCCUCCCUGAAACCUGGAGCCCCCUCAGAAGAUCUUAGGCUGGGCGCCCAAAACCAGAGGCACCUGGAAUGGCUAAUUACUUCUGCAAAUGCAUGUCUGCUGCAUCUGAUAGUCCCUAUCAGAGAGAUCACAGCAGCGAGUCAACCACUUAUUUGUCUGCGGCUCCACGGUUUGAACCUCUAAACUGGGUUUAUCCCAGCAUCUCUGUACACCAGACGCUAACGCAGCGAGCGCAGGGCUGGGAGGAGGGAGGCGCGGAUUGCUCUUGCGACUUUUAGCUCUUCCUGGUGCUGCCUCGUUGCCAGGAGCCACGUCGUGAAGCAACGGGAGCUGCUUUUGCCUGAUCCCUUUCCCACUGAUGUCCUGUCUACUUCCUUACGCUGACUUGGAGUUGUGUUUUGUUCCUUCCGGCGCAAGUUCUUGCAAACAGGGAACAAAACCAAAAGGAAAAGGGCAACUUCUCUUGAAUUGCCGUCCCCGUGGGCUAGGGGGCUAGUUUUGCACCUGCGUGUCUUACUUCCGAAGCCCGGCGGGGUGGGCAAUAGCGAUGCCUGGAUUCUUCCCUCUUGCGCAGGUGCCUCAGUUCAGAGGGUUUGCUGCCUUCGUAAAAGCUCUUGCAGACUGCCCGCUUUGCCGGCAGUAAAGGCUGAAGUUAAAUGCGUCCCGUAUUCCCAAACCUCCUUUUCUUUCAGCCCUGAGGUCUUUUCUCAAGGUCUAAUUUUCAGAAACAGCCUCUCAAACCCUUAACAGGAAAAAGUAGCUACGCAUUAGCUGAUCGUCAUUCCUCCUUUAGGUCUGCGCAUGUGGUUUAUAACCCAGACCCUAGGAUCAUUUUGUGGAAGAACUGGCCUAUGAAGCCUACCAGGAUUUAGCUCCGAUAGUGCCAUUUGCAAAUUCAGGAGCAGACUGAAGUCACGCACUGAGGAGCGCUAAGUGCUGAUGCCUUUGCCAUGAAGCAGAGCGUGUCCCAGCGUCCCUGCCUGCUUUGCUGCCAAUGUGGCUUUCCCAGGUCCCCAUGGUCUCUGGGUGUUUCUUCCCGGGUCUCAAGGAAGCCUCAGGUGUCCUGGGCUGGGCACAACCUGCCUUGCAAUUUGCUGCAUCCAUAGGGACCCUCCAGCCUCCGCUCGUCGUCCUCUGCCCAGCAGUUGCACUGUCUCGUAGCCGCCCUGAACAGCUUCAGUUGUUGCCGCUUCGUGGAGCAGCAAGGAGCAGAGUUGUGGUUUUGAAGCAGACAAAAAGUACAGGAAAAGACAUCUGUGGGCUAAACCGCGCCAGUAAGAAGGGCCGAGGUGCUCUAGGAGGCUCCCU